AUGAGCGCUCCAAAGUCGUUCACUCUGAGCAAGUCUCUUCCACAAGGUGGACAUUUACAAUAUCAUCCUGAUGUAAACAUACAAUCAGUGAAUCAACCGUUGAUUGAUCCAGAAGAAUCUGCAGAUAAUGCUCAAAAACAAGCGAUUCUAUGCGAAUAUAGACGUCGUCGUAGAGAAGCACAUAACUCUGUUGAACAUCGUCGAAGGGACAGUAUAAAUGAAACGAUUCAGGAAAUAUCGACACUUAUACCUGAUAUUUAUAAUGAUUCUUCUAAACUAAACAAAGAUGUGAUCCUUGACAAAGCGAUAGAAUAUAUCAAACAUCUUCAACAGAUGGAGGGUGAACAUCGAGCCUUCAACAUGAUGUUGGAAAAUAGCGUAAAAGAUAUGAAACCUGGGAUACCAAUCAAAAAAUAG